AUGCCCUCCCCCUCCAUCUCCCUCUUCACACUCCUCCUCCUCCUCCCCUCCAUCCUCGCUUCCCCACCACCUCCCCCCACCAUCAACCCAUCUCUUAACCCCCGCCAAUCCCCCACAGACCUGCAAUCCUACACCUCAUCCCUGGCCAACAUCCCCGCCCCAAGCAUAACAAACAGCGGCAUCCCCACGCGCCCCUUCGCCGUUGAGGGGAACACAUUUCCCGACUUCAGUUCCGCCGCGGACCGCAGCUGCGAUGUGCAGUUUGAUGGGUGUCAGGGGGUUGCGAACAGUGGGAAUAAGACGGAGAAAGGGGGGGUUACGGUGGAGAUGUGUGGGGGGCAGAGAGAACAGUGUUAUGGCGCGCAGAGGGAGGCGAAGGUUCAGAGCUUUGGCGCGUCGGGCAUGUUUACGGUGAAUAUUGGGGCGGAUCCGGAGUUUCCUGAGUUUGAUUUGAUUUGUGAUGGGUAG